CACUGAUAGGCUGCACUGAUGGGCACUGAUGAGGUGGCACGGAUAGGCAGCACUGAUGGGCACUGACAGGUGGCACUGAUCAGCUGGCACUGAUGAGGCAGCACUGAUGAUGCUGCACUGAUAUGAAACACUGAUGGGUGGCACUGGGGGGGGGCACUGAUGGGUGGCACUGGUGGGCACUGGUGGCACUGCUGGGCACUGCACUGCUGGGUGCCGAUCUGUCCUCUGACAAUUGACGGUUAUCGGCACGUGAAGAAAGUGCAGCUGAUAACAGGCAACUGCAUUUACCUGGUGAUCUGCUGU